AUAUUAUGUAUAAAUGUGCAAUUGAUAAUUGAUAAUAAGUAAAACCGAUAAAAAGUAAUUUCUUGACUGAAAAAAGCAGCAUAAACACAUUAAAAGUUUAUAAAUAAGCUAAUUACUAAUAAAAAUAAUGACAGCUAGAUAUGUUUAACAGCAAUACACACAAAUGCAUGGAGGUUAAACAUCUGUCAAAAAUAAAAAACAAUAGAAAUAUUCGUAUAUAAUUACAAAUUAUAUACAUAGAGUAGUAUGUAAUACAUGCAUAACUUGAGUGCCAUAUGGGAAUGAGAAUGAUUAAAAAAAUAAUAACAACAAGUCGGAAUCGUAUUGAGAUUAAAUCCCAGACAUUCUGAUAAAUAUUUAGCCUUAAUAUACGUCCACAUAUUGACCAACUGUAAGGAAAAUUAUGUAUUGAAUUUUUAAUACGUACAAUUACAAAUUUUUAUUAAUUAUAAUUGUAAAUUGUUUAUUGGAUAUUGUGUUUGUUCUGAAUAGAUUUAUUGAGAUUGCAUUGAGACAUUAAUGAAACACCCAUUAGAAUGAGUAUAUUAAAAAAAAGGUUGGUUGAUUUUGAAGAAGUUCUUAAUGAUGAAGAGAUCGAUUUAAUAACUUUACGUCGCUUGUGUUUUCAUGGUAUACCAGAUGAAGGUGGCUUGAGAUCAUUGUGCUGGAAAUUGUUGUUAAAUUAUUUACCAUUGAGCAGAGAAGACUGGUCUGACGUACUCAAACGCAAACGAGAUUUAUAUAACACAUUUAUUGAGGAUUUGAUAGUUACACCGGGUGAAGCAACUGUUGAUGGAGAUCGAGUUGAUGUAACGUUGCAUGACCAUCCAUUAAAUUCAAAUCCUGGGAGUAAAUGGCAGACUUAUUUUAAAGAUAAUGAAGUUUUAUUGCAGAUAGACAAAGAUGUUAGACGCUUGUGUCCAGACAUAUCAUUCUUCCAACAAGGUACUGAUUAUCCUUGUCAAGCGAUAGUCAAUGCAAAUGGACCAAAACGUCUGCAUUCACGUGUACAGUAUACAGUACUUAGAAGUGCCAAUGUUGAGCGAAAAGGUUUAGGCGUCACUAAGAUCGCCGUGUCUGUAAGAAAAGCUCCGGAAGAUUAUGCACCACUAGCAGAAGGCGGAGAAGCACACUGGGAAGUUCUAGAGAGAAUUUUAUUUCUCUAUGCAAAAUUAAAUCCUGGACAAGGAUAUGUUCAAGGGAUGAAUGAAAUCGUUGGUCCUAUUUAUCACGCAUUUGCAUGUGAUCCAGAUCCUAAGUGGAGAGAAUACGCGGAAGCAGAUACAUUUUUUUGCUUUACAAAUCUUAUGGGGGAAAUUCGAGAUUUUUUUAUAAAAUCACUGGAUGAAGCUGAAUUUGGUAUUAAUGCAAUGAUGAUUAAAUUGAGUCAACAAGUCAAAAGUAAUGAUCAUGAAGUUUAUUUAAGACUACAACAGCAAGAUUUGUGCCCGCAAUAUUACAGUUUUAGAUGGUUAACUUUAUUACUAUCUCAAGAGUUUCCACUGCCAGAUGUUAUGAGAAUUUGGGAUUCACUUUUUGCUGAUGAAAAAAGAUUCAGCUUUUUAAUACAUAUUUGCUGUGCUAUGAUACUAUUACUAAAAGAUCAAUUGCUAGAUAAUGAUUUUGCUACGAAUGUCAAAUUACUUCAGAACUUCCCUUCAAUGGACAUUCAAAUAGUGCUUACUAAAGCAGCUUCAUUGGCAGGAAAAAGUCUCAGUACUCCUUAGAAAAAAAUGAGUAAAAUUUUUUGAUCAUUUUCUUUUUAUCCCCAUUUUUUUGUUUUUUUUUUUUUUUUUCAAUAUUUAAUAUUAUACUUAAAGAUUUUAUUCUACUCUUUAAUACUCUAGACUUAACUUUUUUACAAAAAAAUUUACUACUCAGGGUAUUAGAGGGGAAUAAAUAUUUGUACAUAAAUAUAAACGACAACAAAUUAAUUGAAAACUAAGAUAAUAUUUGUAUAAUAAUAAUUAAGUGAAGAUAUUUAGACUUUUUAAGCGCUUGUAUUCUUAUCAUCUCAUAAUCAUUAAUAAUGAGCGCUUAAUUAUUAAAAACUAAAUGUAAAUUCUUGCAAUAUCAUUACCACUAAGCAAUACAAUCCUUUGAUCGAUUUUUAAACGUUGUCUUUACAUAUAUGUUCAUUUUUGAAAGUAUAUACAUGUAUCUUAAAAAAUUACAUAUUUAAUUAUUAAUUACAAAAAUUUACUAAAUAUUUCCGGCCAUUUUCUAUGUGUCUAGUAAAUAAAAUAAUUUUUUGUAUAAAAUAAUUGUUAAUUA